AGACUGUCAAAACAAAGAUUUUCAGCGUGCUUUACCAUUGCAACAAUCGAACACACCGGUGAUUUUGUGUUUUAAUGGUAAAAUAGGUUCGAAAACCUGUAUAAUCGGCAUUAAACGUAUUCCCUUCUGGGAAGUGAACGGUUACAACAUACACAAUGUCUCUGAAAAUCACGGGUAAAUCAGAGGGACAGCUUCAGCUGCAUCUAACUACUAAGCAAAAGCAAUUCGCAGUUCCGGACGUACCGUAUUCUAUUCGGGCCAAUGUCAAUAACAAAGAAUUAAACGUGUUAAUAAACACGCUACUUAAAGAUUCGGGCAAUGCAGAAGCUGGAAAAGUAGAAUUUGAUUUCCUACUGAAUGGAGAAUUUGUCAGGAUUCCGCUUGGGCAGCAUUUGAAGGAGCGAGAUAUUUCGUUUGAAGACACUGUUGAAUUGGAAUAUGUGGAGCGAUACCCAGCUCCGGAGCCACAGGACUGUUUACUUCACGAUGAUUGGGUUUCGGCAGUGGAAGCGCGAGAAGACUGGAUUCUGACAGGAUGUUAUGAUAACACCUUGAACAUUUGGACUGCCGCUGGCAAGCAUAAGUUGACUAUUCCAGGUCACAUUGCGCCCGUAAAGGGAGUGACUUGGAUAUCGUUGGAUGAUGAGAGAGGAGUUUUCGCAAGUGCUUCACAGGAUCAAAUGGUAAUGCUAUGGGAAUGGAACGUGGCUGCCAACUCGGUGGAGUGCGUACAAGUUUGUAAGGGUCACGAACGUGGAGUGGAUUGCAUUGCGGCAAAUCAAAGCAAGACCAAAAUGGCAACAGGAAGUUGGGAUACUAUGCUGAAAGUUUGGUCCACGGAUGUACGCGAAGACACUGAAACGCAACCAUCCACGAGUAAGAGACAAAAGUUAGAUCAAGGAAGUGCAAGGACACCAAUUCUUACUUUGGCCGGCCACCGCGAGUGCGUCUCUGGGGUUCAGUGGAUUGAUGACAGCACGAUUGCAACAUCUUCGUGGGAUCACACAAUUAAAAUCUGGGAUUUGGCACUAAACGGGGUUAAGUCGGAAAUUUGUGGACAGAAAUCCUUUUUUGAUUUAAGUUACUCCAAGUUAAAUGGCUUGAUUAUUGCUGCUUCGCCGGAUAAAAACUUGCGACUAUAUGACCCGAAAUCGAAUCAGGGAACAAUCGUGAAGAAUACUUAUCUUGGGCACACACAAUGGGUGCAAGCUGUCUGCUGGAGCAUAACCAACGAAUACUUGUUUGUAUCCGGCGCUUAUGACAAUCACGUCAAGCUCUGGGAUUUCCGGAGCCCGAAAGCACCGAUAUUCGAACUAAUCGGACACGAAGAUAAAGUACUAGCGUGUGAUUGGUCAAAUCCAAAGUUUAUCAUCUCUGGUGGAUCAGACAAUUCAGUGCGGAUCUUCAAAUCGAAAAUUUCUACACAAGAAGGAACGAAAAAAUAGAGGUUUUAUUGCUGCAGUAUAUCUAGCAAUAGAGUUGCAAUGAUUGUUAGUAUAGUUUUGGAGAUCGACACGUACGGUAACAAAGUAGUCCAACGUUUAAUCGCCAUGAUAAGAGCGGAAAGAUUCAUUUGCAAUUAGUAUUUCAGAAUAAUACGAAACAUAAUUUUCAAAUUGAAA